AUGGGUUGUUGCAUCAGCAAAUGCUCUCCAAAGACAAAAGAUUUCAAACAAGAAGAAGAAGAGCCUCAAGAGAAGUAUUGCUAUGUUCCAGAGAAGCUGUUCAUGUCGCGUUGCCCAAGUCGAGUUUCUCCACUUCUUCUUCCUGAUAAGAACCGGUUUAACCCUAUCCUUGUCCCGGAUAAGUUAAUCCAUAUCCCGAAAAAUCUCCCUCCUCCUUCUCCUCAUGUAAAGUUGGCACCAUCUUUCUCUCCAAUCCAACCUUCAACCACAAGCAACUCCUCUCUCAGCUCAUCAAGCUCGUCACUUUCAACUGCUUCUUCGAUCUCGGUUUCGAAGGACCGAUCUUUCUCUAACGACUUCUUGCGUGCUUGUUACCAAGAGAACUCACAUGUCGCUCGGAUCAAUUCCUUACGAGAAUCUUCUCUUUCUCUGAAAAACGCAAAACCAAGCCGGUUUAAUUCCCCGGUUAAGCCAAACCGGAUUUGUCCAACACCAAACAGAGCACAUCAAAAUCCGGAAAGAGGAGGAACAAAUGGUUCAAAGAGAACCCGAGAGCCAUCGCCAAACCACCGUGCAUUGACACGACAAAAGAGCUUUCGUCAAGAACAAGAAAGGGUCAUCAUGUCUUCAUCAAAUUCUUUAACCAAGGGAAAGUUCUUGAAAUCACCAUCUCCAAGCAGGAGAUUCGAAGGAAGUUUAUUGAAGUCGCCAUCUCCAAGCAGGAGAUUCGAAGGGAAUUUAUUGAAGUCCCCAUCUCCAAGCAGGAGAUUUGGUACGACGGCGGGAGAUUUGACGGUAAAUUCAGUCUCUUCUUGUUUAAGGAAAGAUAACUUAGAUCUGUCUCGUCCCAAGAUUUUUCCAAAGAACAACAGAUCAGAGACUCGGAUUCAUCGUAUAGGUUCUAAGAUGGGCGAAACCGCUAUCAAAGAAGUGCUCGAAAGCCACAAGGAACCGGUUGGUCCAAUAAUUGAAGAGAUCGGCAAUCCUUUAAUUGAUUUGGAUUGCUUCAUCUUUCUAUAA